AUGAAGAGAAAUUCGCCAGAUCAAAAUCCCAGGGAGGAUACACCUCAGAAGCUUUUGGCGCUUGAAGAGGACAAGGUUCGUUCUCUUUUCAACCCAAAGAUAUGGGAUACUAAAUUUCAAGAGAAGUUAAAGUCUGAUAUUGCAACUGCUAAACCUUAUAAUUGGGGUACCAUUCAUCAACUGAUCGACGAUGAUCUGUUACGUGCAGUUCGUAAGGAAAUCGAGACUCAGAUUCAUUUUACAAAGAAAGAAACAGAUAUCUAUAAAGUAAAUCAAAGUGGUGAUUUGGCAAACCUUUCAGGUCUGGAUUGGGAUGAUUUAUCAAGACUACCAAACCUUUACAGGCUACGUGAAAUCCUUUACUCGGAGAUUUACAGAGAUGUCAUCUCUCAUGUGACUGGCACUGGUAAGUUAUCGGGUACCAAAACUGAUAUGAGUAUUAAUACCUAUACAAAAGGUUGUCAUUUAUUGACUCACGAUGAUGUUAUUGGAUCAAGAAGAGUUAGUUUCAUCCUUUAUCUACCUGAUCCUGAUCACACAUGGAAAUCACAUUAUGGAGGUGGUCUACGAUUGUUUGAUAGUAUAAUCCCCAAUGUACCUCAAUCCGAUCCCUGUGCCAAAUUGGUCCCACAAUUCAAUCAAAUUGCCUUCUUUAGCGUGCAACCAGGUUUCUCAUUCCAUGAUGUGGAAGAAGUCAAAGUUGACAAACAUAGGUUGUCGAUCCAAGGUUGGUAUCACAUCCCACAGGAGGGUGAAAAAGGUUACAACCCUGGUGAAGAAGAACAAUGGGUUAACAACAAUACCUCUACUUUGGCACAAUUAGAAUCAAACGUUUUACAAGAUUACGAGUUCCCCAAGGAUGAAAGAGAUAUUCUACCUUAUCAUGAGGUCAAACAUUUUGAAAAAAUCCUGCGUAACGAUGAGAAGGAAGGUUCUGUUAGCGUCAUAUCGGAAGAGAAUCAACUAUCACAACAUGAAUUAGAUUUCUUGAAAGAGUACAUUUCAGAACAGUACCUAACCAAAGAAGGUAUUUCCGAUUUACAAAGCAAAUUUGCAGAUGAUUCUUCUUUACAAUUGGAAUCAUUUUUGAAUGAGGACAAAUCUCUUUUAUUGAAAGAGUUAAUCAAAAGAGAAGAAUUGGAAAAGGACUGCCCUUAUGAAUCCAAGGAUGUGGCCAAGCCUUGGAAAACGGCUGUACCUUCUCAUAAAUGGAGAUACCUUUAUAUGGAUGGUAAAUCUCACGAGAAUUUCAAGGAAGAUUCUGAUAUUCUAGCGACUUUGAACCGUGAGGAAUUGCCUAACUUUGAAUUGCUCAAACAAACUCUACCUAAAGAACAAGAAGUGGAAAUUGCAUUGAUAGAAUUAGUUCAAUUUUUCAAGAGCACCAUUUACAAGAAAUAUUUGACAUUACUCACAUCGUUAUGUCCCUUGAGUGAACAAUUUUUGGUGAGAAGAUUUAGACCGGGCAAGGAUUUCACUUUGGCAACUAAAUGUAAUUUGAAUCCGUUGCUAAAUCAAGUGGAAGGUUCUAUAGAUGCUGUUCUCGAAGGAACACUAGGCUUGACACCUUCUAACGGAUGGGAAUCCGGAGAAGUUGGUGGUUACGAAUUGUACAUGGCUGACGAAGAUGAUGAACCGGAACAAGAUGCACAAGAUGUCAAAGACGCUGCAGUUUACAGGGCUGAUGACAGUGGUGAUUCCGUGCUCAUCAAUCAAUGUGCCAACUGGAAUACUUUGACUCUUGUACUACGUGAUGAAAGUGUCUUGGAAUUUGUCAAAUACGUGAGCUGGAGCGCCAAGACUAGUAGAUGGGAUAUCAAAUCUCAAUGGGACGUCAAGUGCGUCGAAUAA